GAAGUGAUCAAAGAGAAGUUGCACAGCGAGUUGCUGCAGAAGUCUGGCGGAGUGAAGACCGACAGGUGUAAGGUGUCGUUGUUUGGGAUGGAGAAAGCGGGAAAGUCCACACUCAAGAUAAGUUUUCAAAGGGGCACCGUGCCAGCACUGCUCCAAGGACUGAGAAAAUCGUCGUCAGCCGAGGAGCCUCACGACCCCACCCCAGGGGUGGACGUUGGGACGUUCCAUAUUCCAGGGGUGGGGGAGGUCAGCCUGUGGGAUUUUGCUGGGCAGGCGGAGUACGCGGUAACCCACAGCAUGUUCAUGGAUGCAGAGAACACCAUCUCCAUUGUGCUGUACAACAUCAUGGACGACACCCAAGAACAAGACGUCCACCGGUGGCUGAGUUUCAUCAAAUCCUCCAACCCAAACCGGCAGCCUGACGUCAUCUUAGUGGCCAGCCAUGCCGACAAAGUGCCACCCACAAGUGGACAACGUCAAGCCGCUCACCUUCUGCAGUUGAUGAAAGCGGAAUUUCAAGAUCACCUCCGUAUCUCAGACGAAGUCUUCCUGAUGAACUGCAAGGAGACGCGAACACCUGAGAUGGACCGACUCAAGAAACUACUGGCUAAGAUGAAGAAGGCCAUGUUAGAGAUCAUCUUCACCUGUCCGAGUUCUUCUGAUCCCAUCAUUGUCCUGAAGCCCAACUGGCUCUGCACAGACGUCUUCGGCCCGACCAUGGCGCCGAAGACGUUCAGUAUCCACCUCAGGAGAAGUCGCCCGAAGAGCGAUGACUACAUGUAUGUCACCAGGGAGGAGAUCCAGCGCGUCUUUCAAGACGUUGCUGACGUGGAUCUCCUCAUCACCCUGCUGCACGAGUUCCAGCUCUGCCACUCCUAUGACGGACAGACCUUCAUCUUCCCAGGACUGCUGACGCAAACCAUGCCUGGCCAGGUUUGGCAACCAACUCAAGAGCCAAAGGUUGUCUACUUUGGGAAGCAAGUCCAGUGUGCCGACUCAACCGACAUGUUCUCCUCCGGGUUCUUCCCCCGAGUGCAGACCCGCCUGAUGAGGGAGCAGGAGAAUCGCCCGCUGCUGUGGAGAGAUGGCGCCAAGUGUGUGGACAGGAAUGUGGAAGGUCUGAUCAAACUCUCUCCGGACGGCCGUGCAGCCAACAUCUGUGUCCGGAGUGCGCAGGGUGACAAGGCGCAGUGCGGCAAAAUGCUGCAGCAGCUGGAGAACAUCAUCGCUGAUGUGCUGGAUGAGUGCAGCCCAGGAACAGGCACAGAAGAGAAGGUGCUCAGCGCUCGUGCACUGAAGGAACACAGGGAGGAAUUCUACUCCUAUGGCAAGGAGGAGAUCAGCAAGGCAGCAGCAGAGGGCGGUACAAUCGUCCAUCCCUCCCUCGGGUUCACGGAACAGGUCAGUGACCUGCUGUGUAGAGAGCAUGAGGAUCCGCUCACCAGGAACCGCCCAGAGCUGGUCCAGGCCUUGCGACACGUGGAGCCAAUCCUGGACCGCCUCCUGGCAUGUGGCAUUCUCGGUGACGACGAACCCGACCGCAUCAGGGCAAAGGAAACCCCCCAGGACAAGGCGAGGGAACUGUUGGACAUCGUGGGAAGAAAGGGCGAGCGUGCACGUCGCGAGUUCACGGCAGUCCUGGAAGAGGUAAACCCGCAUGCUGCUGCGAUGGUCCAAGAUGGCGCCGGAGCUCUGCUGUGUGAAGAAGACGACCCGCUCAUCAGGAACCGGCCAGGGCUGAUCCGGGACCUGACGUCAUCCUACGCCGUGGAGACAAUCCUGAACCAUCUCCUGUCGCGUGGCCACAUCAGUGAAGAGGAAUGCGGCAUCAUCAGGGCCAAGAGAACACCUCAUGACAAGGCAAGGGAGCUGCUGGACAUCGUUCGGCGGAAGGGCGCGGCUGCGCGUCAGGUGCUCAGGGAAGCCCUGGAGGAGGUCACCCCGCAUCUGGCAGAGAUGGUGGUGUGAGAUGUUCCUAUUGGAACUUUGCUCGUGGGGGCAAGAAUGCCAACCUACAUUUUAGCUCUGUGCGGCUUGGUGGCAGCCAUGUCAUACGGAUAACAAUGGCCUAGCCUUGGCUGUGUAUGUUUGAAUAAGAUUGAAGAAUACUAAUUUUGUAUCAAGAUAAAGGCUACAGCCCAAUUGUUCCUCAAUUGAUAACAAACGUUUAAA